CUCCAAAGACUUGGACACUCGCUCAACUAGUCGGAAGAAUCUUAAGAGGAUGGGUGCGCCGAAGAAGAGCGGCGGCGGAGGCAGGGUUUCCGUCACAGAGGAUUCCGACGAACUGGUUCGUGUUCCGUUGCAGGCCAUCCUCUUAGCUGAUAGCUUCAACACCAAGUUCAGACCUAUCACCCUCGAAUGCCCGAAGGUCCUCUUGCCUCUUGUCAAUGUUCCGAUGAUCAAUUACACCUUGACCUGGCUCGAAUCUGCCGGCGUCGAAGACGUUUUCGUUUUCUGCUGCGCCCAUUCCAAGCAAGUCAUCGACUAUUUGGACAAAUCCGGUUGGCUCUCUCAGCCUAAUUUCUCCGUAACCACCAUUGAAUCGCACAAUUCCGUCAGCGCCGGUGACGCCCUCCGCCUAAUCUACGAGCGUAACGUGAUUCAUGGAGACUUUGUCCUCAUCAGUGGUGAUACUGUGAGCAACAUGUCGCUUACUCAGGCACUUGCAGAGCACAAAGAAAGGAAGAAGAAGGAUAGUAAUGCCGUCAUGACAAUGGUUAUCAAACGCUCAAAAACUAACCCCGCUAUUCAUCAGUCUCGGCUUGGUACCGAUGAGCUUUUCAUGGCCAUUAAUCCGGAUACCAAGCAGCUUUUGUAUUAUGAGGAGAGGACUGACCUUUCCAAAGGGAUUAUGCAUCUUGACAAGUCAUUUCUUGCUGAUAACCCUUCCCUCACCUUGCACCAUGACAAGCAGGAUUGUUACAUUGACAUCUGCUCGCCUGAAGUCCUUAGCCUGUUUACGGACAAUUUUGAUUACCAACAUCUGCGGCGUCAUUUUGUGAAGGGAUUGCUUGUUGAUGAUAUAAUGGGGUACAAAAUUUUCGUGCAUGAAAUCCACUCAAACUAUGCUUCACGGAUUGAUAAUUUCCGGAGCUAUGACACUGUUAGCAGGGAUAUAAUCCAUAGAUGGACAUAUCCAAUGGUGCCAGAUGUUAUGAAUUAUGGCAACACAGCUACUAAACUUGAACGACAGGGAAUGUAUCGUGCUUCAGAAAUAUCACAAUCACAAUCCGCUGUUAUUGGUCCCUUCACUGUUCUAGGAUUUGGCACCAAAAUUGGGAAUAACACUAUAAUUUCGGAUUCCGUUAUUGGAAAAGGAUGUAAAAUUGGAUCAAACGUUCAGAUUAAAGGUUGCUACAUAUGGGACCAUGUCACCAUAGAAGAUGGCUGUAAACUUAACCAUGCUAUUGUUUGUAAUGAGGUGACUUUGAAGUCAGGAGCUGUUCUGGAACCUGGUGUUAUUUUGUCAUUCAAGGUUGUAGUUGGGCCAGAGUUUGUUGUCCCUCCUUAUUCAUAUGUAUCACUAUUACAACAGCCUGUUGAGGAAGACAGUGAUGAGGAGCUUGAAUAUGCUGACAGUACUAGCGUCAUCACAAGCAAAGUGGAUAAGUCGGAUGAAGAGGAUGCAUCUGAAGUACCAGAGGCACGUAUUAGCUCUGUUUCAGAGCUAGGUAUGGGUGGGGUUGGUUACAUUUGGCAAAAAUGUGAAGGAAGCCAGGAAGAAGAGUGGAGGCAUUCAGUGGCACCUAUUCCUGCAGAUAAAAUUUCUGAGGCAAUGAAAACCAUGGAAGAUGAUCUGGAGUUAACUCAUGAUGGCAGUAUUCUCCCACCUUCUGGAGAGCUGAUACCUGAUUCUAAUGACUCAGAUGAAGAUAAUGAAGACUCCAGGGAUGAUUUCUUUGAGAGAGAGGUUGAAGCGACAUUCCUCAGGGCUGUGAAUGAAAACAUACAAGAAGACCACUUGAUCUUAGAAGUUAACUCUUUGAAGUUGUCAUGCAAUAAGCUGACUGCUGAUUGUGCGGGAGCUGUGUUUUAUGCUAUGAUGAAGUAUGCGGUAGACACUCCCCAUAGUUCACUUGAUGGCUUGAUGCAGAAUGUUAAGGCUGUUCUAUCAAAAUGGAAAAAGGCUCUUACAUCCUAUCUGACAGACAUAGAUGAGCAGAUUGAGAUCAUACUGAAAUUCGAAGAAAUUUGUUUAGAAUCUGCUAAGGAGUUUGCUCCAUUGUUCAGUAAGAUUUUGCUCUACAUGUAUACUGAGGAUAUUAUUGAAGAAGAUGCUAUUUUAAGUUGGGAAGAUGAGAAGAGAGAUGCAGAUGAGGCAGAUAAAGUAUUUGUUAACAAGGCUCAAGAUUUGAUCCAAUGGCUAAAAGUGGCUGAAGAAGAAGAUGAAUAGAAAGUAUAGGAAGGAUUUCGUGUGGCUAAAGAUGCUCCGUAUAUGAUAAUGCCAGGUUUUUAUUUUGUGACAUGUUUUUGGCGUAUAUGAUCUUGAGGAUUUUAAUCUAAUGAAGUUCAAAUGCUUCAGAAGAAUGUAACUCCUCAAGUCUCAAGUGUGUUGGAUUCUGUGAUUACUAAUGUCAAUUUUGUCCACACAUGUUAAUGAAAUUCUCAAAUUGGAAUUUUGAGACCUUGUUCUUAAAGAAAAAUAAGGGGGAUGGUAGCCUGAUCACUGUUGGACUAGGAUUUUGAAAGACACGAGUUAUCUGUAGUACUGUUAUUAGUAAGGCUAUUUGAUAUUGAAAUCUUUGUUAAAA